AUGAGUUCAUUAUUAAAACGACAAUUACCUAAUGUGAACAUUGAAUCAAACGAAAAGAUCCGCCAUUUGAAUACAGCAUUAAUUACUACGGAAAAUAAUUUACGACAUGCUCAACAAAAUUUUGAAUUAUUAAAACAAAUUCAACAGCCAACAUCAACAUCACUACUAGAUACAUUUCGUAAUACUACUACUACUACUAAUGAUGGACUCCUUUCGACGGUGGAUUCACAUUAUGAUCAAGAACAAACAACAAUAGGUUCACGACGUUCUACAACGUUAUCAUCGAAUCAUCAACGCAGUAACAGUAAUAAAGGUGUUCGUUUUAAUGAUGAUGUUAUUGGACGUUCAUUACAUAAUCUCAACAAUGAAUUGCAAUCACUAUCAACUGAGCAUGGAAGACUUAAACAUGAAAUCGGUAAAACUACAUCAUCAAAACAGCAGCAACAAAAAGAAUCAUUGACUUUAAAUGACAGUGAUGAUGGGGAUGUCAAUGACUCAUUUUUUUCUAAACAAGAUCCGCUGGUCGAAGAGAUCGUUCAAUCACGUAUUGAUCGACGUUUACAAGAAAUUGAACGAGAAAUCAAGCGUGAUAAAGAUCAACAACAACAAGGGGAUAUGCGUGUACUGAUAACUGAACUUCAAUCUCAACGAAAAUUAACAACACCAAUUCAAAAUGAAGACGAUAAAAUUUUACAAGCUCGACUUUUACUUGCUGAAUCCAAUAAGCAAAUGUAUGAAACUCAAUUACAAAAUACUAGAAGGCAAUUGGAAGAUAGUGAAAUUAACAAAAGCUUUUUAGCGCAACAGCUAUUACAACUCAAAGAUCAAUUGACCAGAAAUGAUUUCGAACGUGAUAAACAACGAGAGGACGAUUUAGUAUUAUCAAUGAAUCGACGCCGAAAAACAGAACAAGAUCGUCUUCAAAUAGAACAUGAUUAUUUAAUUCAACAACAAAUGAUGCUUUCAAAAUCGUCAACAUUAAACGAAAUGGUUACAUUUAAAAAAGAACUUGAGAAAAGUGAACGUCAACGUGAACAACUAUCUGACCAUUUAGAGGUUAUAGUAAAAAAGUCUGAUGAGAAAGAAAGACUUUUUGCAAAAAGUCUACUAGAAUUGAAAGAACUAACAGAAAAUUGUGAUACAUAUGAACGACAAAAUGCUAAAUUACAACGUGAUUUAGCAUUAGCGUUAGAAAAAUUAGAAGAAAUGACACAAGAAGCUGAACGAUAUGCACAAGAAGCAUUAAAUUCUCAAAAACAAUUUGCUGAUUCUGAGCAACAACGUGAAGAAUUGAAAAUGCAAGCACAAGAAACGAUUAAACAGUGGAAAGCAAAAGUUAAAAAGCUUGAAAAAGAUGUUGAUCGACAUAAAUUUGGUUCAACACAAAUGUUAGAACGCAAUGAGCACUUAAUUAAAGAAAUGGAAAAUUUUAGAAAUCAAAAUGCUGUCCAACGUGAACAAAUUGCAAAACUUGAAACGGAUUUAAAUGAUGCAAAUACUAAACAUAAUCGAAUCGAAGAACAUUUUAAACGAACUGAAAAUGAUCUUGCUCAACUACGUACAAUUCGCUCAACACAAGACGCAGAAAUAGUGACAUUUAAAACUGUUGGCAACGAACUUGAAAGUCAAUUAUCUGUUUAUCGUCAGCGUAAUUCACAACUUGAUAAAGAAAAACAAAAUAUUCAACAAUUAUUACAAGAAGAAAUCAAUCAUCGAAAUAAUGUUGAUUCAAAAUUAAAACAAGCUGAACACGAUAUUGAAGCACUUAGUGUAUCUCGUUCUCAAUUUCAACAGCAUAUAAUUGAACUCGAAAACGAACGCAUGGAUUUCUUACAAAAAAUUAAGGAAAUUGAAUUUGAACGAGAAUCAUUAUCUAUUCAAUAUCAAUCCGUUUCGAAAACAUUUAAUGAUGAAAAGACUAAAUUUCAAACAAAACUUGCUUCACUUGAAAGUGAUUAUGAAGAAAUGAAACGUAAACUAGAAACGGCAAAAAUAGAAUAUACGCGUGGUAUGAAAACCAUUCAGGUUGAUUAUGAAAAUAAAAUUGAAACUCUCAAAUUACAACUAUCAGAUGAAAAGGCACGUGUGGGAAUUUUUCAAAGACAUGAAAUCGAGCAUAAAAAAGAUAUUGAAAGACUUCAAGAAAAAGCAGGAAAAUAUGAAGAAGAAGCAUCACAAACACAAUAUACAUGUGAAACUAUAUCAAGAGAAUUGAAAGAAAAGACUCGAUUAAUUGAUGAAUUAGAAUCAAAAAUUAUUAAGUUAACAGUUGACACGAACAAUGAAAAAAAUGACAUUAUUAAAAAAGAAAAGGAUUUUCAAAAUUCACUUCAUACAGUAUAUAAUGAUAUUAUUUAUUGUACAGAAUGUUUAUCAAAUGAUUCUGAUGAACCAUUUAUUCUUGAUUCACCAGCAAGUUCUCGUAAUGAUAUUGAAACGUGGCUAAGCAAAGUUAAAGCGCGCCUUGCAUGGCUUAAACAAGAAUUAGAAAUCCGUCAACAACAAGAAAAUAAACUUCGUCACGAUCUCAACAAUGCGUUACUCGAUAGUGAUGCUGAUAGAAAAUAUUUUGCAGCAGAAUUAGCCAAACGAGAAGUUAUUGUCGAUGAUUUAACACGUGAAAGGCUUAAUCAUAAAGAUUUUGAAAGAGAAUCGUCGGAUAAAUUAAAAUUAUUACAAAGUCAACUUGCAAGAGUGGAAGGACAUUCUGUGAAAGAAAUUGAACGCUCAAAGCAAUUGCAAACAAUUGAAAUGCAAAUUGAAUAUGAAAAACGGAGAGCUUUAACAGAGGAUGAAAAAGAUCGCAUCAAUGACCGAUAUCGACAGUUUCAAACAAUGAUUGAUUCAGUUAAACGAGAAUUACACACAGCAAAAUCUCAACUGUCGACUAAAAGUUCACAAUCAUGA